GUUACUGCACUUAACAAGCCUGAGUGGUUGGCAGGGCUCAGAAUGAACACUUGCCAUCGGCGUCUCCGCACCAUUACAGCAUCUGUGCCCUUGAACAGAAGAGGAAGUGCUCUUGGCUUGGUUAAAAUCUUUCUCUGGCCUCAAUGACCCAAUUAUGGCCAACGCCAGCCUUUGAGAAGAGUGCACCAUUCAGUGUUCUUCCCCAGAGGUGCCUCAGCUAAUAAAUGCUGUCAGGGAGAAAAAUGGCCCCGGAAGCCAGAUUUCACUGUCGGAGCUGGGCUGGUGACCAUGAUGCAUUAAUUCACCUGUGACUUCUAAGGACGAGGCAGUGCUGCAUCGUCCCUGGCUGCUGCUCUGUCCUCUGCUGUGCAGGGGAGCCUGGACUGUGCUGGGCAGCAGAGCAGAUGCUCGGUAACUACCAGCACUCUCACUUUGGCCUUGCAGCCUAUCUGUGCACAUGGGGCUUCUGAGCACAGACCUCCCAAGAGCCUUUCUCAAAAGAUUGUUCCCAUCUGCUGACGUGCUAAGGUUGAACUCAGCUCAACCCAUCCUGGCUGCAAGAGAAAAACAUCAAACUGCCCUAUCUCCUCUAAUGACCAAUGAGAUGCAGGUUUCAUUUUAAGACAUCUAGCUGGACACAGCCAGCAGCCCCGAUUAACAGAUGCUUACAUCGCUGCGGCAUUUGUCUUUUAAAAUGAUUACUUCCCAUUGUCAUCAGUGUCCCCCGAGAGCUGCUGCACAAACCAAAGGCUGAAUGCUGUCCGCCUCUCAGCUCUGGUAACUGCUGGCACAUGACUGUGUUGGUAACCGUGCUGGGGUCAGCCUGCCGAGCACUGUGCAUGUUUACAUUUUAAUAUUGCCUCCUGGCCCAGAGGAAACCAUCUCUUCCCACCAAGGCGAAACAAUCACUUUUUUCAGCAUAUAUUUGUAAUGUGCUGUAAUCUAAAGUCUCACCAUUUCUAAGUCUGUGAAGGAGGGGUGGCUCACGUAUUUUCCAAAGCAACUUAGAAUUUUGCGUUCAUAAAUAGUCUGUCUGUGUGCCAGUCAGGUGGCUAAUGCAUGGCUGGUACUUUCUUACAUUGCACGGCGAUUCGCAGGGAUCCUAGCAACAACUGCAUUUGGUAAAAGGUGUCCAUUAUAUCCAGUGACCUAAUGUUUAUCACAUUCAGUAACUGACCCUCAUAGCUACUUCAUUUAGGUGGUUUAUGACAGUGAACUGCUGAACCACGCAGCAGGCCUUAUUCACAACACAGCAGCACUUCUACUUCUGAGGGCUGUUUCACUGCACAACUGCUGUGUGCAUGCAAAAUGCUCUCUCUAAAAAACAAAACAAAACAAAACAAAACCAAGGAAUAUGCCUAUUUCUUCUUUUGACAGAUAAAAUUGCUCCUGCAUAAGCUCACAUGUGGCGAUAAUAAGCCAUGGAAGGAAUUGUGUGAAUUCCCCACAAAAGCUAUGGUUAGAUGCUACUUGAGCUAUGGCUGUAAUCCACAACACAAGAAGCUGUGAAAAAUGUUGUGCCUUUAGGUCACAGGCAGAGCUUUGAGGAGGCACAGGAGGCUGCCCAGGCUCUGCAGGGGACUCAGCAAGGCAGCUGUUGGUGUGGGGAGCAAACCCAAACCCAGGUGAGAACCAAGAGUCUGCACUGCAGAUUAAUGGUGUUUGGGUGCCAGAGAUCUUCACGUACUGUAUUUCAAAGGCAAUAGAUCCUCAUGAUGGAAGGGAAGGCACUGAGACUCCACCAUUUCUGACAGUUGCUUCUCAUCAUCUGCUAGUGACAUCUCUUGAGGCUUUAGCCAGUCAGUCCCUAAUCAAGCCUUGAUUCUCAACUAGAUAUUUUUAAAUUCAAAAUACUGCACUGCAAAAAGCAACGCUGGCAUAAAUUCCCAUCUGUCCUCUCAUAAUCAACUCCCAACACUGUGAGCAAUCUUUCUGAAAUCCAGAUGACCUGAACUGCUCAGUACCUGGAAAACAAUACUGCAAGAAAUGGAUGCUACUGUCCAGGACAGUUUAGGGACACUGAUCCUUCCAGCAGUAUAUAUAUUACAAUAAAGAGAUAUUUUUAUAUAUUCAUCAUUAUCCUAUUGCCCUCACUUCUAACUACAACAUUAGGACAAGAAUUAGGGUAAACACAGUUAAAACAUGUUCUCUGUCAUAUAUGCUUAUCCAUCCCCUUUUGCCCCCAGCAGGUCAUCUUUGCCCACAGGAGAACUCGCAGGGUACCAUGCAGGCAUCCAGGAGUCACCAGGAACAAGGGCACAGUUCACACAGAACAGCAUUCCCACUGCUUUCUUGUUUUGCUGAGCAUUAAACAGUGUUUGAGGACGUACCAAAGACCAUCUUAUCACCUGAGGAAACAGGUGAAGGACUGCCUGAGACUUUCUCAUAGCUUCUCUUUGCUUUCCCAAUACAGCCUGCACAGGACAAAUACUCCCAAACCUAAGGUGCUGUGAUACAGGCAGCUGCACCCCACUGUAUAUCUGUUUUCACAAAGUCAAUGAUGUUAUUAUAUUUCAUAUCAUCCAGCCAGAAAAGCACUAAUGUGAUCCCAGGGAAAGCAUUUUCAAUACAAGAUACCAUAACCCUUGCAGAAAAAUUGGACAAGGCUUGCAUGUACUUUGUCAGAUCAAUUUUCUAAUCCGGCUCACCAUGCAAAGCUUGCUGGUGUUGAACUUGCAUUUCAGUACACUCUGUUACGGCCAUUUCUGGGAACCCUGUGAAUGGUGGAGGGAGAAGGGAUUGAAGAAAGGGCUGUUUAUAAAUCUGUUCCUGUAGGAUAAAGGGAGGAGGUAGGACCAAACAGCAGGACUCCCAGAAAGGGCAUAUGCCAAGGGGACUGGGCACAGCUUCAGCAUCCCUGCAGGAGCUCUCUGCCCAAGCGGCCGUAUUUACCUGCAGGGGCCAAAGUCCCCAGCUGUUCCCCUUGCUGCGUGCUAGCUCCAGCUGCUGCUGCUGCAGGGAAACAAAUCCAAGGAUUAAAGAGGACGUGAACACCAUGAGUGAUAUCCAAGUGAAGCCAAGCUAUUCAUCCUGGCUGACCAAAGCCAACAGUGACUGGCACUGUCAAGGUAAAUGCUUUGACUUCAGGAUUUCCUUGACAGUACAUCACUCAUUUUACCCUUUAGGGCUCAUCACUGCAGGUUGGCAGCAAUGAAGAUGCUGAGAAAAGCAUGAGGGCUAUCGUAAGGGUCUUCAGGGGACUGGGGCAGUUAGAGGAUGGAGCAGGAGUACAGAUGGAGGUAGAUGAUCUUUAAGGUUCCCUCCAAUAGAAGUUGUUCUGUGAUUCAGUGAUGAGAAGGCACAGCAGAGACAUUAUUUAAGCAAGGAAGUGAAAAACAGUGCUGUGGUUCUGAGUUUAUCACUCCCAUGUCCACUCUGAGCUCAGUGAGGUUGCAUUCCUGUGUAAAAGAGCAGAAUCAGACAAAUUCCCCCAAAGGUGAUUAGAGAUUAUAUAUUGUUGGGAAGAUUAUGUAAGUAUAUAUAUUUAACCUAGAGAAUGAUUCCAUUGGCUGUCAUGUUUGCUUUAGUUUUGUUCCAAGAUACAAAAUUAAUCAAUUCAGGUAAUACAAAAAUAGUUGACACUUACAAGGGCUAUUACUCAAGAUCACUCACUCUGCUGCAGUUCAUUUCCCUGACAACAGAAGUCAGCUCCCAGAAAGCAAGUUUUGAAGACAUUUAUGAAAGAGGAAUUUUUACCUAGAUUCGAAUAAAACGUUUUUUUAAAAGUGUGUUUUCAGUUGUAGGACAUCUUAGAUCACUACCUUAGUGUUUUUAACUUCCUUUUUCUCCAAUGUGAAGGAAUCUUUACAGUUAUUGUUGAUUUGUUUUGGGAAAUCCAUCAAAAUUGGCAGAAAUGUUUGAAGCACUGAAUGCAUGGAUGAUGUGAUUUAUGGAGCACUUAUGAAAAUGUCAAAUACAAACAUUUGGCAGUUUGUUAUGCAGUGUGCCAGCAGCGCUCUGAUUUUUAAGCACAGCUUCAGGUAUUCUAGGCUAGUGAUUUAAACUUCUGAUGGGAGCAGUCGUGGUUGUCUCAUUCCAGCCAUGCAUCUAGGAGGAAUUACAGCUUUUUCUUUCCUGAUCCGAGACUAUAGAGUAAUUUCUAGCAAACAUGAGCAAGCAGUGAAAGUUUGGGUAUACCUUAGUGCCCCAGCAAAGCUCUCAAGGACUGCCGGACCUUCCCUCUGUGGGGAUCCCUGCAGGGCCAUGGGCUGUAGGACUGAGCCCUCCGUAGAGCACUUACAUACAGCAAACAUCCUGACAGUCAUCAUCCUCUCCCAGCUGGUGGCUCGCAGGCAGAAGUCCUCCUACAACUAUCUUCUUGCUCUAGCUGCUGCUGACAUCCUCGUUCUCUUCUUCAUUGUCUUUGUUGACUUCCUCUUGGAAGAUUUCAUCUUAAACAAACAGAUGCCUCAGGUACUGGACAAAAUAAUUGAGGUAUUGGAAUUUUCUUCCAUCCACACAUCCAUUUGGAUUACGGUUCCACUAACAAUUGAUAGGUACAUAGCUGUGUGCCAUCCACUUAAGUAUCAUACAGUCUCCUACCCUGCUCGUACUCGAAAAGUCAUUGUAAGUGUUUACAUCACCUGCUUUUUGACCAGCAUUCCCUACUACUGGUGGCCCAAUAUCUGGAUUGAAGACUACAUAAGCACAUCAAUGCAUCACGUCCUCAUCUGGAUCCACUGCUUUACUGUUUACUUAGUGCCCUGCUCCAUCUUCUUCAUACUUAAUUCGAUCAUCGUGUACAAGCUGCGACGAAAGAGCAAUUUCCGACUGCGAGGAUACUCCACAGGGAAAACAACAGCCAUUUUGUUUACUAUAACUUCUAUUUUUGCCAUUCUCUGGGCACCAAGAAUAAUCAUGAUACUGUAUCACCUCUACGUAUCACCUAUAAACAACAGCUGGGUGGUACAUAUUGUGUCGGACAUUGCCAAUAUGCUAGCAUUGCUGAACACUGCAAUUAAUUUCUUCCUCUACUGUUUUAUUAGCAAAAGAUUUCGCACAAUGGCAGCUGCCACACUGAAAGCCUUCUUUAAGUGUCAGAAGCAACCUGUACAAUUCUAUACAAACCAUAACUUUUCAAUAACAAGCAGUCCUUGGAUUUCCCCAGCCAACUCUCAUUGCAUCAAAAUGCUUGUUUACCAGUACGAUAAGAAUGGAAAGCCUAUAAAAAUAUCACCAUGAAGAGGGCAAUAAUUGGAGUUUCUGGGUGAAAGUUCUUUACAAGAGGUUACAUAUUCAGGAUGUAAUCUGCUGAAGUGGCUGUUUUAAAGAGUGGUCAUCCGAUUUCAUUUCCCUGGGAGGCUGAGGGCAGAUGUGACUGUUAGAAGGGAAUAAGAGCACUUGAUUUUAGGAGCAGAAAUAUGAAGGCAAAUGCCUUCGUCUUCUACACAGCAUUUUGAAUAUGCUUCAGAGUUCAAGUCUUAGCAUUCAGUUGCAUUCAAACGUUUUGCAUCCAAACACCAGUGCAGUCUAAAGUCUUUUGAGGGAGGAAGCUGCAAUAGUUAAUUACUUUUCAGAAACAACAAAGUCUUACUGGACCAUGUAGUUCACCAUCAAAAGAGCAAACUGAUGCUUUCACGUGCUGUGGAAGGUGCCAUUUCUGUUAUAUGCCCUUGCCAAAACAGAUGUGUUCUCUCUGACAUGAAAUACCGCCACACAGAUUUACCGUCAAGUCCUUUUGGCAGGAGGCAGUCGUGAGGCACAGACUAUGACAAGCCCCUUUUGGCUCAUCUGAGCGGGGCUCAAGGGCCGAUAUUUGACCUGUUACACAGCCUUGGCAUGGAAAGCAAUCCUGCAAGCUGCCGACGUUCACAUGUUUUAAGAUAUUUAAGAUACAACCAAGACAGGGGAGAUUGACAGAGGGAGGUUUCUAGAGCCAAGAACAAAGGCAGAGAAUUGUCCCCGCUAUUUCAGUUACGGUAUUUGAAGACUCUCAAGUGUGAGGCCAAAUCCUGCCUGAUGCUGAGCUGCCACUGAAGCUGGUCCUGCAAGAUUUGGAUUGAUUACAGCCCUCACUUUCCUCGUUAAUCAGUGAAGAUUCUCAGUUAUCCCCCACGUUCAGGCCUUUAGGGAUUAUAUGUAUAAAACCUUAACCUGAGAUUUUCUCCUGGCAGAUUAUGCUAUUCCUAUUGCAGAUUUGCCAUUCAAUUGUUAAAAGACUAUUUGUGAAAGAAAUCCAAUAAAUCCAUUGAAUACCCUACGGCAGUGAAAACAUAGAUUAGUUUCAAAUAUUUACCUUAUUUAAAGUGGCUUAAUUUCUCUUUCUUUACACUCAAAAAAAGCUUCACAGCAAUGCUGGGUGUAGAAAAUGGGAAGAGAUUUACAGGAAGGCUUAAAGUGCAUUUCUUUUACUUUGUCUCAUUUUCAGAUCUUGGCAUAUGGUCUCUCAGAAUCAUGUACUCCAGCUUUUUCACUUAGGUACUGGGUGUUUAAUACAGCCUUACUAAAUGUGUGAGCAGACUUCCUUGCAUGGUGAACACAAGCACAAUUUGGUCAGUGAACACAGCAGCCUCUCAGUAACUGCAAACAAAACACAGCCUGGUGCUAGCAGUGUGUUUGUGUCUGUGCCCACCUCCAUUACCAGCGGGGAGCUCAUGGUGCAUCUGGGACUACUACAGUGAGGUUCCCAAAAAAGGAUCCAGUCUGUUCUGCUUCAGUGGGAUCUGAGGGUUGAAAGCAUCCCUCUAAAACCUGUGGAUGGCUCAGCUUUGGUGCACAAACACAUCCUAAAAAAUACCAAGUCUGCAGAAGUCCUGCUGAGGACAACAGCCUGGUUUCCUUCUGCCAUGCAAUUACAUACCUACUCCUGCUGGCAUCCUGCAAGACCAAAGCCUAUCCCAAACCCAAGCACACCUUGGGAAGAAAUGGCAGCAGAAGGCACAAACCAUGAAGAGUGGGGCUGCGUGCAAUGGCUGGCUGAGGUGCAGAAGGGCUUUCUCAGGAAAGGUCGGACUACUCAGGUUGGAUGGGCCCAGCGCCUUGGUGAGCAGGUGCUGCCCACUGCUCCCCAUCAGCAGAGCCAUCGGGCCAGGUGAGAUGCUCAGAGCUGCUCCACCAAGAGCUGCAGCACCCCAAGGACCGUGCUGGUGUGGCAAGGAGAGGGGCUCGGCGGGCAGAGUGAAAGCUGUCCCUUUCCAGAGGAAUGCUGCAAGCCCAAAUCUCCACAUAUUCAAAGGGAAAUGAAGAGCCUCCUCAUAUUCUGGCCUGUUUGCCCCUGUAAUCUCAACAAAAUAUCACACUUACUUGCAAUAAUAAAGCAUAAAAGGGAUGCUCAGCCUUGCUGUAUUUAUCACAGCAAGGUUAAAAUUACUCCUCCCUUUACUAGUGUUUUACAUAAAUAGUCUUGUGGUCAUGCCUUCUACCUUACUCAGAAAUCUCUUUCUGUUCUUUACGUGUCUGUUGAUAGUAACCAAAGUUACCUAUGGAAAAGGUACUGUAUGUCUCAUUUUGGAGAAAACACUGUAUUUAUAACUUAUUUUUAUGCUGAAUUUGUUAUGAGGAAUGCUAGUCUGAGUUACAUGUGAAUGAGUCUGAAGUGCAAUAUCUAUAUAGAUAAGUAAUUCAUUUUUGAGAAUGUAUCUAUUGAAAAAAUAUUUAUACAAGAUAUUCACUAUUCUGCUUAAUAUAACAGUAACCUUACAGAAAAUAGUGAAUAUUUAGGGCUUUUAUUUAUUAAAAAAAAACUCAAUUAGGUGCAUGGCAUAUGCUGCCAUACACAUGGUGUGAUUUAUCAGUUUUUGUAACAUAAUGGUUUUCCUGCAAACUGGCAGAAUCAUCUGACUUUUUCCUGUCCUAAUGAAGUAUUUUUGUAAGUUCCCAUAUUUAAAGAUUUUUUUUUUUUUUUUUGCAUCGAUAUUUAUUUCCAACUAAGAAUAACUCAUUAAAUAGCUGUAGCUUCAUUUCAAAAAACAACUCCUAACCUGUUCCGUAUCACUUUAGAAAUGACAUGGUGCAAUUUUCACAUACAGUGGUCAUCUUAUUUCUGAUAAUUUAGGGCUCUAAGAGCUUGCUUCCAAAGCCCCUUCAAGUCAAAGAGAAGAUUGUAUGAGGCUUUUGUGGUUGGUUUCUCCAAUCCCCAUCAAUUUAGGAGGGCUUUGGAUCAAGACAUAUCUUGUUAACAGACGUUUGAAGCCUUGUUAGAGUCUGGUUUGGGUAAUAAAGCCUUGACAUUUUUGGUCUGCGUAUGAGAGCUGCUGUUGAUAAUACUUGCCUUAUUUUUUGGUUUUGUGGAGCAUCUUGCAAUGACUGUUGCUAACUAGCCAAUGUCUUGCUGUGUUAUUCAUACCUCCUAAUUUUACAAUAGUAAAAACAAUUAACUGAGCACAUAAAGUUUCAUUAUUUAGGGAAUUUAGGGAAAAAACAACCUGAAGACAAAAUCAUCUUUGUUCUGGAGGUGGUCCUUUGUACUCAAUUUCUAUUUCAAGUAUCAAAAACUAUAAAAAAUAAACUGUGAAUGGACAGUUUUACAAUUACACGUAGGUAAUAUUUCCUUCAAGACCACAGCUAGGAACAAAAUACUUUUUAGAUGAGUUACUGAUAUAUAAAAUUAUGAGACUUAUCAUCUAUUUAAAUUGUGAAUAUUGAUAUUUUCAUAAGUAGACAUAUUGUGUUUGAUGGGCUUGUUUGUAUUAUAAUAAAUUAUGAAAUGGUGCAUAACUUCUUACAGUGUUUGGGGCUAUUAUGUUUCAGUUAUAGGUUCUUAUUACAUACUGUGGAUUUCUAGAUAAUUAUACUGCACUGCAUAUAAGACUGAU